AUGAACCUCAUGGCGCAGCUGUACUACAACAAGGCCAGUAACUCUCCGUACCUCGACCGUAUCCCUCUGCAGAUCGUGAGGGCAGAAGUUGAGCUGUCUGCCAAAGAGCGAGCAUACCUGACGGCAGUGGAGAAGGGUGAUUAUGCUGGAGUUAAACAGGCCCUUGAGGAGGCAGAUAUAUAUUACAACAUUAAUGUGAACUGCCUAGACCCGUUAGGCCGCAGUGCGCUCCUCAUUGCUAUUGAGAAUGAGAACCUGGAGGUGAUGGAACUGCUGUUGAGUCAUGGCGUGCAUACUGGCGAUGCGCUCCUCUAUGCUAUCCGCAAGGAAGUAGUGGGAGCUGUUGAGUUACUGCUAUCCUACAGGAAGCCCUGUGGCGAGAAACAGGUUCCCUCUCUCAUGAUGGACACACAGUUUUCUGAGUUUACGCCUGAUAUCACACCUAUCAUGUUGGCUGCCCACACUAAUAACUAUGAGAUAAUCAAGCUCCUAGUUCAACGAAAAGUCACUAUCCCUCGACCACACCAAAUCCGCUGUGACUGCGUGGAAUGUGUAUCCAGCUCUGAGGUGGACAGCCUGAGGCACUCCCGUUCACGCCUAAACAUCUACAAAGCUCUUGCCAGCCCCUCUCUCAUAGCUCUGUCAAGUGAAGAUCCCAUCCUUACAGCGUUCAGGCUGGGCUGGGAGCUAAAAGAGCUAAGUAAGGUGGAGAAUGAAUUCCGACAGGAGUAUGAUGAGCUUUCACAGCAGUGUAAGCUUUUCGCAAAAGACCUUCUUGAUCAGGCCCGUAGUUCCCGUGAGCUGGAGACAAUCCUCAACCAUCGGGAUGACCACAGUGAGGAGCUGGACCCCGGUGAGUGCAGAGACCUGGCCAAACUUAAACUAGCCAUCAAGUACCACCAGAAGGAGUUUGUUGCUCAGCCCAACUGCCAACAACUCCUGGCAACACUGUGGUAUGAUGGAUUUCCGGGUUGGAGGCGACGUCAUUGGGCAGUGAAACUUGUCACAUGCUUCAUCAUUGGUCUGCUCUUCCCUGUAUUCUCCAUCAUAUACCUUCUGGCUCCAAAGAGCACACUGGGAACCUUCAUUAAGAAACCAUUCAUCAAGUUCAUCUGCCACACAGCCUCCUACCUGACCUUCCUCUUCCUCCUUCUCCUCGCUUCACAGCAUAUUGUUCAGACUGAUCUGCAUGUACAGGGACCUCCUCCAACAUUUGUUGAGUGGAUGAUCUUACCUUGGGUUCUAGGCUUCAUCUGGGCAGAGAUUAAAGAGAUGUGGGAUGGAGGUUUCACAGAGUACAUCCAUGACUGGUGGAACCUGAUGGAUUUUGCAAUGAACUCACUCUACCUGGCCACUAUAUCUCUUAAAAUGGUGGCUUACUUUAAGUAUAACAGCUCUCGUCCUCGUGUGGAGUGGGAAAUGUGGCACCCAACACUCAUCGCUGAGGCUCUAUUUGCUAUUGCCAACAUCUUCAGCUCCCUGCGUCUCAUCUCUUUGUUCACUGCCAACUCUCACUUGGGCCCACUGCAAAUCUCUCUCGGUCGCAUGUUGCUGGACAUUCUCAAGUUUCUUUUCAUCUACUGUCUGGUGCUUCUGGCCUUUGCCAAUGGCCUCAACCAACUCUAUUUCUACUAUGAGACAAAGGCAUCUGAAGAGCCUAACAACUGCAAAGGGAUUCGUUGUGAGAAGCAGAAUAAUGCCUUCUCCACGCUGUUCGAAACUCUUCAGUCUCUCUUCUGGUCUGUGUUCGGGCUGUUGAAUCUGUAUGUUACCAAUGUGAAGGCUCGUCACGAAUUCACAGAGUUUGUAGGAGCCACCAUGUUCGGCACUUACAACGUCAUCUCUCUGGUUGUACUACUGAACAUGCUCAUUGCUAUGAUGAACAACUCCUACCAGCUUAUCGCUGAUCAUGCAGACAUCGAGUGGAAAUUUGCUCGUACUAAGCUCUGGAUGAGCUACUUUGAUGAGGGAGGGACAUUACCACCACCCUUCAACAUCAUACCUAGCCCAAAGUCUGUGUGGUACCUGUGUGUGUGGCUGCACUGCCGACUGUGUGGACAUGGAGAGCCUAGGCACGAGGACAAGUGUAAACACAAAAACCUCAAAGAGUUCACGGAAAGGCAUGCUGAUAACCUCAUUCAGAAUCAGCAUUACCAGGAGGUGAUCAGAAACUUGGUAAAGCGAUAUGUUGCAGCCAUGAUCCGCAGUGCCAAAACAGAUGAAGGCCUAACAGAAGAAAACUUCAAGGAACUGAAGCAGGACAUCUCCAGUUUCCGCUAUGAGGUUCUUGACCUGCUGGGCAACCGUAAACCACCACGCCGCACAUACUCUUCCAGCAGCGAGGCCACUCAGCAGGAUGAAACAGCUGAACCAGAGGAAGAAAAUGAGGAGAAAAACCACAGGCUUGGAGGACAUUCAUGUGUAGAUGAGGGAGAACCAUCCAGAUACAAAGCAUCUACAUCCUUCUCCCAGUGUUACAGGAGAAACAGAGAGUCCCAGUUCAGCAUAUCAGCUCUCUUCAAGUCUAUAUCAGGACCAGCAAGAGAAAAACCUGAAAGCAAUGGCUUGAGGAAGAAUGUAUCCCACCCCUCUGCAUUUGUACGGACCAGCAGCCGCCUGCAGCACUUUUCACACUCCAAGAAAAACUCUUUGCAACGUUUGGGAAUGCUGAUGUUGCGUAUGAAUGGACAUGUCCCAGACACGCACGCAGAGACCCAAGGAGUUCAGCAGUCUGCAUAUAACAUCUCAGACAGGGUACCGCAAACAUCUUGGCACAACCCCCAAAAUCUUUCAAAGGUUACAAGGAGUGAGACACACUUGCACACUCUGGGAUUGGGAGCGCUUGAGACUGAACAGAAUCCAAUGCAUGCCAUCUCUCAUCGAGCAAACGGCAGUGACAAUCUCUUCCACCAGCGACCCGGCCACUCACUUCCCCCAUUGCACUGUGCUUCCAGUCUGACCACCUCCAGUGUCCAGCUUUUGGCAUCCAGUGAUUACAUAUGCCACAGCUGUUGGGAACCCUGUGACAGUUUGGGCUCCUCAAGCUGGGAACCAGGUGAAACUGUUACAACACACCUGUAG